AUGGGACUUAUGUUUAGAACGUUCCGACGGGCUGAAGGGUUUGAGGUUGAGCAUCUUGUCUUGAGCGUCCACGGUAUGACCUGCACUGGUUGCGAGAAGAAACUCUACAGAUCGCUCGAUUCGCUUCCGGCAAUUUCAAACAUCAAGACUAGUCUCGUUUUGGCUCAAGCCGAGUUUGACCUGACCGGAUCUACCGCUGUUGAUAGCGUUAAUAUCAUCAAGACAAUUGAGAAAAUGACUGGGUUCACUUGCACGAAGAUAACACAGUCGGGGGAAGAGCUAGAUAUGAUUGUGGGCGGCAAUGUACAGGACUUCGCCCACGAAGAAGACUUGCCCCUUGGGGUCGCCGAUCUGACCGUCCUUAGCAAGAACACUAUCCGCGUCAUCUACCACCCCAAAAUCGUUGGCGCUAGAGAUUUGCUUUUAAGCCCAUUCUUUUGGUUGGCAAAACUCGCUCCUGUUGUAGCUCGUCCCCUGGUCGCUUUAGGCAGAGCUUAUGUCUACAUGACGUUCUUUAUGACGCUUUUAUCCACUCUGUUGACUAUACUAGUCCUUAUUUUAGCGUAG